ACCUACAUGGCUUUGGCAGGUGAACCUGUCCGAGUGAAAUGUGCGCUUUUCUACAGUUAUAUCCGCACCAACUACAGCAUGGCCCAGAGUACUGGGCUCCGGCUCAUGUGGUACAGAAACAAAGGGGAUUUGGAAGAGCCCAUCAUCUUUUCAGAGGUCAGGAUGAGCAAAGAGGAAGAUGCCAUAUGGUUUCACUCAGCGGAGGCACAAGACAGUGGAUUCUACACUUGUGUUCUAAGAAACUCCACAUACUGCAUGAAGGUGUCAAUGUCCUUGACUGUUGCAGAGAAUGAAUCUGGCCUGUGCUACAAUAGCAGGAUCCGCUACUUAGAGAAAUCUGAAGUUACUAAACGAAAGGAGAUCUCCUGCCCAGACAUGGAUGACUUUAAGAAGUCUGAUCAAGAACCUGAUGUUGUAUGGUACAAGGAAAGAUAUUAUUACAAAUAACAUUUAUUCCCUCAAGGAGACUAUCAAAAUUUAAUGGGACCUUUCAUGCUAUCAUUAAAAUCCUUCAUAUCUA